AACCAAAUAUUUUUUUCACUUCAGACGUACGGACGAGACUUACUUUAAAUAUUCGUUUAUUGAGGCCUAGACCUAUCUACAGCUCUUAUUCGAGUCCAAAAACUAGCAAGUUCACCCACCAAAUUUUCAAUUAGUCAAUGUAUUGAUCUCGAAAUGUCGUCGCCGCUAGAUAAACUUCAGUUUUGUACGACCAAUAUAGUCGAACCACAAGAAGCAGUACUGCGACGAUUAAUCUCUGAUAUGGGCGGGGUGUGUAAAAAAAAGUUGGAAACAGCAACCCGGUUCUUGAUUCUUGGUGAUCUUGGAGGCAAGCGAUGGACACCCAAGUAUAAUUUCGCGUUAGAGAUGCGUCCUGAUAUUGUGCUACUGAUUCCUGAAGCAAUUGAAAAGCUCCAUAUGUUAUGGAUGGAGGGCCAAGACUUUGACGGUCGCCAAGAGCUUGAAUCAAUGAGGGUGCAGCCGUUCCAGGGCCUUCGUGUUAGCUUCACAAACUUGCCUGGUCCCGAACGUGAUUUUCUCAAAACAGUUAUUCGCGAUGGAGGCGGAGAGCCGUUUGAUUCCCUUAUGCCCAAAUGCCAUAUUUUGGUUAGUGGGCUUGAUAAAGGACGCAAAGUUGACGUGGCCCGCGGCUCUUGGAAUAUUCCUGUUGUCGUUCCUGAAUGGAUUAUCAAGUCCUUAGAACGAGGUGCAGCUUGGUCGCCAGAAAUGUUUUUGAUUGAAGUGCCUCCAGAAGAUCGCAAAAAGUCUUUAUGCUCCGAAUCUGCCAGCAUAGUUUUUACUUCGAUGGCUGGUACCACCCCUUCCAUCGCAAAGUCAGCCCGUUCACGGGUUUCUUCAAGUGCAUGGGACUCUUUAAUGGGUGCACCCGCAAAGCGAAUGGCACUGAGCCGCCCAGAAUCUAGUUCGGCCUCCCCUACCCCCCAGCCUGCUCCUAAUGCUCAGGAGGGGCUUUUUGAAAACCUCACGUUUGCACUUUACGGCUUUGACGAUCGUCAAAAAGCUAUCCUGCAAAAGACAUUAACUUCUCAUGGAGCCGCAAUUGAUCAAGAUGAGCACGACUACAUGAUUGUAAACUCUUCAUGCUCUGAAUGUCCAAAGACAGAUGCACAUAUUAUAACCGAAUGGGCCAUUGAAAGAUCGCUGCACAAAAAGGCUAGAAUACUCACUGAUAUUUGGGGUAAAUUUAUCAAGCACCGAAGCAUUGCACAGUUUGAAGGUCUCAAAAUCUGUAUUUCGGGGUACUCUGGUGUCGAACUUUUGCAUUUGACUCGUUUGAUACCUCUAGUAGGAGGCGAUUUUUGCGCGACGCUAACCUCUCAACGUGAUCUUCUCAUUUCAACACCGGACAGUAACAAGUUUAAACAUGCGCAAUCCUGGGAUAUUCCAAUCGUAAACGAAAGAUGGAUAUGGCAGUGCGCCGAACAAGGUGCUCUGCUGCCACUGAAAGAAUUUCUAUUAGAAGGCAGCACUUGUGAAUCUUUAGCAAGAGUAUCUGUUUCAGACCCUGCUAUUGAGCCAGAGGUUGUAGAAGAACCGAUUCCUUUGAAAGUACCUGCUGCAACAGAAGUGGGGAUAGCAUAUGAUGAAAGUGAUAACGAACACAUGGCCUCCAAUUUCGUUCGGAUUAAACCAGCCGUUAAUGCUAGGCGUCGUAUAUAA